AUGGGACUUUUCAAAAGAAAACAAGCUGACCCCACAACAUCGUCUGCACCUCCAACAACAACACACACUGAUCAUGAAAAAAGAAGUCGAAAAAUAUCUGUAUUAAAUUAUGUUUUUCCUAAAAGUAGGGUGAGCGAGGCAACGCUGCAAGUCUUCCGUCAGCUCCCAACCCAAAUCAGACACGACCCCUCAAUGAUCAAUUUUCAAAGAGAAGCGGAGCGAUGGAAUGCUGAACACGCAGAUUCUUCUUCCAUUAAGAGCGUACGCUCGGUGAAAUUGUAUGAUGAAAUAGAAAUGACAGACAAUAAGCCAAAAUUGCAUGUUAAAUAUGAAGAUGUAAGGCAUUCAGAAGAUGAGUCUGAUGAUGGGCAAUUUAUCACAAUUAAAGUGACAAAUAUGGAUAGUCAUGGAGCAGACGAUGAGGCUGAACGAACCGAUUGCUCAUUGACAGAUAUAGAUGAUCUGAAGCCAAGUCCAACAACACACAAGAAAACUGUAUCAAUUGCAGACUCACCACCAACAUCUUCUGCUGAUCAUCAUGAACAUUUCUCAAGUCAUCAUCCAAAAGUUGAGAGUCCGUUCCAUGAGUUUGGAAAAAUAUUUUUCCUCGUUUUUAUUUGGAUAUUAAUGACUUUAUUUCUAACGUCAACACCAGAGAAGAAAAUCAUAAGACGACAACUUGUUGUUCCUGUCGACGAACCUAAAUUCUAUACACUACCACAACUACCGAACGGCACUCUUAUAUCAAUAACAAUUCAAGCACCAUUUUUACCAAAUCAAAGAGAAUUUACGAGUAAAUGGAAAAAUCGAACUGUCGAAGAUCCACGACAAAGAGACAAUUCACUUACCAUAUUUUUACGCACUGAUGACGAUAAAAUCCUCACGCCAAACAAAACAUUUUACCUUUAUAAGCCCGGCGAUAUUGAUUAUGUGAAUGCAACAAAUAUUGAAUUUACAUUUGACAUUACGGAAGAUAAUCUAGAAGAUUUGCAUGAUGACGACAUUAUACAGGCAGUGAUUGUGAGCAACUUUUCGAAAUCAUCACAAGACGAGAAGCAGGAAGUUCCAAUUAUGUUUAGUGUUGACUUUACUCCAAUCAAUAAGCAAAUUGGCGUGCUUUUUGCAACGUUUACGCUUAUUCUGCUUUAUGUCUCAAUCAUUUGGGAGAUUGUCCACAGGACUUUUGCAGCAAUGAUUGCAAGCACUUUAUCACUAGCUUUACUUGCGGCUCUUAAUGAUAGGCCGACACACGAUGAAAUUAUGGGAUGGAUUGACGUUGAAACAAUUCUCUUGCUAUUUGCAAUGAUGAUACUUGUUGGAAUACUUACUGAAACAGGUGUAUUUGACCAUCUUGCGGUCUAUGCCUACAGGGUAACAAAUGGACAAAUUUGGCCUCUCAUCCAUUGCCUUUGCAUUAUAACUUCAUUAAUAUCAAUGCUUUUGGAUAAUGUUACAACUGUUCUUCUGAUGGCUCCUAUUACAAUCACAUUAUGUGAGGACAUGGAUCUAAAUCCUGUUCCAAUUUUAAUGGCAAUCGUUAUACACGCAAAUAUUGGAGGAUGUGCAACACCAAUUGGUGAUCCACCAAAUAUUAUAGUAAACAACAAAUCCCGUUUUAUUAGGUCAAGGAGUGAAUUUCCUGAAUUUUACACUUCACAUGUUAGUCGGCACCGUUAUCAUCACAAUUACAACAAAUAUACAUCUACGUUUGAUAUAUAAUAACGUCAACAUCCUAUUUAUUCAUGAGCCAAAGGAUGUGAAAAUGCUUAAGAAGAACAUUCUGACUUGGGAAAGAGCAUUACGCAACUCGAUAUCACCAUUUAGUAAGGAUGCAGACUUGGUGAGACAAACGCUCGUGAAGAAAAUUAAGGGUCUGCGGCAAGAGCUCAAAAGGAAAAUGUCAAAAGGAGUUGUUGAAACGACACGUUACCGCUCAACCCUUGAGGAAAUGGAAAAGGCAUAUCCAAUAAGAAAGAAAGGAUUGUUAAUAAAGUCAGGAAUUGCUUUAAUAUUCAUUCUGGUGCUAUUUUUUGUUCAGUCAAUUCCUGAAAUUCAUCGACUAUCGUUAGGAUGGUCAGCACUUAUUGGCAUUUUAUUCCUUUUGAUUAUCAGCAAUCGUGAUGAUAUGGAAGCAAUAUUACAUCGUGUUGAAUGGCCAACAUUGCUUUUCUUUGCUGCUAUGUUUGUUCUAAUGGAAGCUGUUGAACGAAUGGGAUUCAUCGCAUGGAUAGGAUCAGGAACUGAGAGUUUAAUUAAGGGAGUAUCAAAGGAUUAUCGUCUAGCUGUAGCAAUAAUAAUAAUUUUAUGGGUAUCAGCAUUAACAUCAGCAUUUGUGGAAUCAUUACCCGUGACACAAAUGAUGGUCAAAAUUGUGAUAUCAUUAGCUGCUAAUCCAAAACUUGGAUUGCCUUUACAACCCCUCGUAUGGGCCAUGGCGUUUGGUCCAGCAUUAGGUGGCAAUGGGACAUUAGUUGGAGCAUCUGCGAAUAUUAUUUGUGCUGGUAUAGCCGAACAGCAUGGAUAUAAAAUGACUUUUAUGGACUUUUUGAAAUUUGGCUUUCCAAUAAUGUUGACAACAGUGCUCUUCACGAACCUAUACAUAUUUUUAUUCACAUUAUAA